AUGAGCAUGGGCAAGGGAAAGAUGUGGUCGCAGGACCGUUCCAUGUCGGCAGGCGAGUCUCCUCCGCCGCUGCUAAGCCCUCUGCAAUCUGGCCAGAAGGACAUCGCACCAAUCUACAAGUUCGUUCUCACGGGCGGCCCGUGCGCCGGCAAGACCACGUCGCUCGACCGCCUUUCGACCUUCUUCCGGGAUCGUGGUUUCCGAGUAUACGUUGUGCCAGAGGCGUCGACGCUUUUGCAAACUGGUGGCGCCUUCUUUCUUGACCUUCAGGAGAAGGACAUUCUCAACUUCCAGUGGCAAAUUCUCAGCCUCCAGAUUUCUCUCGAGGACUCGUUUUAUUCUCUGGCGCAGGACAGUGGCAAGCCGUGCGUAAUCCUGUGCGACCGUGGAGUCAUGGACGGCUCAGCCUACAUGACACCCGAGCAGUGGGAAGAGCUUAAGCUCCAGCACGAUCUUGACACCGUCACGCUCCGAGAUACCCGCUACAUUGCCAUUUUCCACUUGGUGACAGCUGCUGAUGGUGCUGAGAAGUUUUAUUCGCUGGAGAAUAAUGGUAUUCGUAUCGAAUCCAUUGAGCAGGCGCGAGCCAUUGACGAACGCACUUGUCACGCCUGGAUCGGCCACCCGAAGCUCUACGUGUUCGACAAUUCAACCACGUUCGAGGGCAAGAUGCAGCGCCUAGUGGACACGGCGGCUGGUCUGUGUGGUGUCCCCACGACUGUCAGGGCGUCCCGCAAGUACUUGCUGGCUAAGACACCCAUUGAGAUUCCUUUCCACCACGAGGAUUUCGAGGUGGAGAAGGUUUACCUUAAGCCCGAGGCUGCAAAGACGAGCAAGGACUACUCAUUUGUACGCUGUCGCUCGCAGUACGGUAUCCCUGCUUACGGUAUGACCACUGUUCGGUACUUGGACACAGGCGAUGCAGUGCACUUGAAGCGCGUUCUCAGUGCUCGCGAAUACUCGUACGCUGUAAGACAUCGCUGUGACCCGACGCGUAAUGUGAUCAAGCAGCAGCGCAUGUGUUUCCUGUACAAGAACCAGUCAUUCCAGAUUCAUGUGUACAAGGAGCCAGCGAGCGUUGCGGGUCUCGCUGUGCUGCACGUGCAGGCGUCAUGCGAGAACGACCAGGAUAUUGUAAUGCCGUCGUUCCUGAACGUUGAAAAGGAAUUGCCUGACACCGAUGAGACCAUGUCGGCCUACAAUGUGUCGAAAAAGAACCUCUUAGGAGAGGGAAAGAAGAAGGAGUCAGCGGAGGUGUAG